UGCUGUCAACGUCAUAUUUUUGGCAUUUUUGCUACAUUGAGCCAACGUUUUCGAAAAGAAGACAAUGCAAUAAAAACAAUCAAUUAUCUGCCAACCUUUAAUUAGAGCCUGUUUUAUAAAUUGAAUUUGUAAAAGUACUAUCCCUGCUGUAAGCAGUUCAACGAUAAAAUGUCUGAUAACGAUGAUGAUUAUAUGUGCGAAGAAGAAGAAGAUUAUGGCCUGGAGUAUUCUGAAGACAGUAAUUCAGAGCCAGAUGUGGACCUUGAGAACCAGUACUAUAACAGCAAAGCAUUAAAGGAAGAUGAGCCAGCAGCUGCUCUACUCAGUUUUCAAAAAGUGCUGGAGCUUGAAGGUGGUGAUAAAGGAGAAUGGGGCUUCAAAGCACUUAAACAAAUGAUCAAGAUUAACUUUAAACUGGGCAACUUCACGGAAAUGAUGACGAGGUAUAAGCAACUAUUAACAUAUAUUAAAAGUGCUGUUACGAGGAACCACUCAGAGAAGUCCAUUAAUUCCAUCCUGGAUUACAUAUCAACAUCUAGAAAUAUGGAGCUCCUUCAAGACUUCUAUGAAACUACAUUAGAAGCACUGAAAGACGCUAAGAAUGACAGGCUGUGGUUCAAAACUAACACUAAAUUAGGAAAGCUCUACUACGAUAGGGGAGAUUUUAAUAAAUUAGCAAAGAUACUGAAGCAGUUGCAUCAGAGCUGUCAGACGGAUGAUGGCGAAGAUGACCUCAAAAAAGGCACACAAUUGCUAGAAAUCUAUGCUCUAGAAAUUCAAAUGUACACCGCACAAAAGAAUAAUAAGAAAUUAAAAGCAUUGUAUGAACAAUCACUUCAUAUUAAAUCAGCAAUACCACAUCCUCUAAUUAUGGGUGUUAUCAGAGAAUGCGGAGGCAAAAUGCACUUACGAGAGGGAGAGUUUGAGAAGGCGCACACAGACUUCUUUGAAGCUUUCAAAAAUUACGAUGAGUCUGGUAGUCCACGGAGGACAACUUGUUUGAAAUACCUGGUUUUGGCUAAUAUGCUAAUGAAAUCAGGAAUAAACCCAUUUGACUCCCAAGAAGCAAAACCAUACAAAAACGAUCCAGAAAUCUUAGCAAUGACAAACUUAGUUAUGGCGUACCAAAAUAAUGAUAUUAACGAAUUUGAAUCAAUUCUCAAGCACAAUAGAAACAAUAUUAUGGACGACCCCUUUAUUAGAGAACAUAUUGAAGAUUUGUUAAGAAAUAUAAGGACACAAGUUCUCAUCAAACUAAUUGGCCCUUACACUAGAAUUCAUAUUCCAUUUAUAUCGAAAGAAUUGAACAUCGACGAGAAGGAAGUGGAGAAUCUUCUUGUCACCUGUAUACUUGAUAACACGAUAUCCGGUCGCAUAGACCAAGUGAACGCGGUGCUAGAGCUAGCGGGCGGUGCGCAGGGCGCGGCGCGCUACUCCGCGCUCGACAAGUGGACCUCGCAGCUCGCGGGCCUGCACCAAGCGCUCGCCAACAAGAUGGCCUGACCGCUGCGACCCUGAGCCAACGAGCUGUAGCCAUACGAAGACUCCAUACAAAACGCUUCCAAACGAACAUCGACCGGCAUGAACAAGACUGUUAAACUAUUGAGCCCCCAGCGGCCCGAUCAAUCCACGACACAAUAGAUUUUCUAUUGUGUCUGUGAUUCCAGGGGCUGAGUUAUUACACGGUUGUCCGCUAGCAGUUUAGUUAUACGUGUUUGUGAUCUGUUUCAAAAGCCGUCCCUAGACGGUCAUGUAACAUGAUGUUACUUGCUUAUAUGUAUGAAUAAUCGUUUUAAGAAGUCCCUUGGUGGUCAUGCAGCAUGAUAUUACGUGCGUCGGUUAAAAAAAUGCAAGAUUUUAUGUUUUUAGUUACUGAUGUAGUAUGACAGUUUACGUAAAAGUAUGUCAUGCUUGCAUUGCCGUGUAGGGACUGCUUUCGAAACGGUUCACUCCUACAAGCAUACGCAUUGACGAGACUCCUAUAGGUAAAGCGGAUGACCAUUUGAAAGUGUUGUUGAUGAAUCUGUAUGUUUGUGUGAGUGAGCCGUUUCAAACGUUUAAUAGGGAGUUUCGCUUCGUAUUCUGUUGUUAUAGUGCUCGUUCAAGACUGGCAAUAGUGUGGGGGGAUUUGAGGGCAUAGGUCUCUCCCCCUCUGAGGUCGAAUGAAUUACAAAUUAAUAUAUUGCCCAAAUGAAGUUAUGAAAAUUUCUCCAGCUUCCUUGCUUUCAUAAAAUCAAUAAUAAAAUUGUACAGCUCAAUGUAAAAAACGAUUAAUACUAAUAAAAUUGUUAUUGUUCAGUUCUUAAAUGAUAUGAAAACGUUUUCAUAUGCAUGUUUAAUGUAUGCCAAUCAUUGAGGAUACUGCUCUGUAAUAAAGUCUUUCGAGAUUA